AUGGCGGCGUUCAGCAAGUCCAUUCCUCACAACUGCUAUGAGAUCGGCCACACCUGGCACCCGUCUUGUGGGGUCUCCUUCCUCCAGAUCACCAGGGGUGCCUUGGAGGAGUCCUUGAAGAUUUAUGCGCCCCUGUACCUGAUUGCUGCGAUUCUCCGGAAACGAAAACUAGAGUAUUAUUUACACAAACUACUACCUGAGAUCAUACAAUCCGCUUCAUUUCUGACUGCUAAUGGAGCCUUAUAUAUGGCUUUCUUUUGCAUUUUAAGGAGGAUACUUGGAAAAUUCUAUGCCUGGAGUCCUGGCUUUGGUGCUGCGUUACCAGCUUCCUAUGUGGCCAUUCUUAUUGAAAGAAAAAGCAGGAGAGGUCUGCUAACAAUUUAUAUGGCCAACUUGGCCACAGAAACGUUGUUUAGAAUGGGAGUAGCAAGAGGAACUAUCACAACUUUAAGAAAUGGAGAAGUUCUUUUGUUCUGCAUCACAGCUGCCAUGUACAUGUUCUUUUUCAGGUGCAAAGAUGGUUUAAAAGGAUUCACUUUUUCUGCACUUAGAUUCAUUGUGGGGAAGGAAGAAAUUCCCACACAUUCAUAUUCACCAGAGGCAGCAUAUGCAAAAGUGGAACAAAGGAGGGAGAAGCAUGAGGAGAAAUCCAGAAGAAUGAGCAUAAUUACUCUAGCCAGGAAACUUGUGGAUUCAGUAUGCAAGCAUGGACCAAGACAUAGAUGUUGCAAACACUAUGAAGAUAACUGCAUAUCUUACUGCUUAAAAGGCUUCAUCAGAAUGUUUAGUGUUGGUUACUUGAUUCAAUGCUGCCUUCGAAUUCCCUCAGCAUUCAGGCAUCUGUUUACACAACCAUCCCGGCUACUUUCUCUCUUCUAUAACAAGGAAAACUUUCAACUUGGAGCUUUUCUUGGCUCUUUUGUCAGUAUAUAUAAGGGUACUAGUUGCUUCCUUCGAUGGGUGAGAAAUCUGGAUGAUGAACUGCAUGCAAUUAUAGCUGGCUUUUUGGCAGGUAUAUCAAUGAUGUUUUACAAAAGCACGACAAUCUCCAUGUAUUUGGCUUCCAAAUUGGUAGAGACUAUGUAUUUCAAAGGCAUUGAAGCAGGGAAAGUACCCUAUUUUCCUCAUGCAGAUACCAUCAUCUACUCUAUCUCCACAGCAAUUUGCUUUCAGGCAGCUGUCAUGGAAGUUCAGACCUUGCGACCAUCUUACUGGAAAUUCCUUUUAAGACUCACCAAGGGCAAGUUUGCAGUUAUGAACAGAAAAGUCCUUGAUGUAUUUGGUACUGAUGCAUCUAAGUACUUCCGGGAUUUCACACCCCAAUUGGAUCCUAGAUAUACUUCUGUGAAACCAGAUCUACCUGUGGAGCUUUCUUGAAGACUAUCCCUUACUGUGAUUAAAUGUGAUAUCAUUUUGAUCUGAAAAGUUAAUUGAGUUGGACAGAAAGA